CAGGAAAGCUUUUUUCUUGAAGGCACUAAGCUAAGUAGGCUUGCAGGGUUAAGGGAGAAGAAAGCUGUCCAAUAUGGGUAGGGCUCCAUGUUGUGACAAGGCAAACGUGAAGAAAGGACCUUGGUCUCCUGAGGAAGAUAAUAAGCUUAAGGAUUACAUAGAAAAGUAUGGGAUUGGUGGCAAUUGGAUUUCCCUCCCACAGAAGGCCGGGCUAAAGAGAUGUGGGAAGAGUUGCAGGUUGAGAUGGCUAAAUUAUCUGAGACCGAACAUAAAGCAUGGUAACUUCUCUGAUGAUGAAGAUAGGAUCAUAUGCAGCCUCUUUGCUUCUAUUGGAAGCAGAUGGUCUAUAAUAGCUUCACAUCUACCUGGAAGGACAGAUAAUGACAUUAAGAACUACUGGAAUACAAAACUCAAGAAGAAGCUGUUUGGAAUCUCCCCAACUCAAAAAAAAUUAAGCCAUCAGCUAAAGCAGCAAAAUCAACAAUUGCAACCUUCUAUUGAUCAUAAUAUCCUCCAUCCUUCUUCUUCUACUUCAUUACUCUCCCAUCAGCAACAUUUUCCAUCCAAAUUUUUUAACACCAAUUCUUCCUUCCCCUCAGUUGAAAUGUGGCCAUCACACCAUUACCAAACCGAGUUAAAUAGCAGCAAGCUCCUCAUUUUCGGGGGAGACCAAUUGAACUGCAGCUCUUCUGAAAUAUGCUUUGGAAGAUCAACAAUGGAGUUUGAGACAGAGAACUAUUUUCAGUUUAAUGAAAUAGGAGAUCAAAAGCUUCUCCUUGGUGGAAUUUCAGGAGAAGGAGAAGCAGAUGCUCCAUUAAUAAAUUCUGGUUAUGAGGAGAUUAAGCUGGUAAUUAAUCCCAAAAAUCUUAAUUACUUUGAUGACCCCAGAAGAGCAAGUGAGACUAUUGGGAACAAUUUUAAGACCCAAGAAAGAGUCAUGUACUACUACUGAUCUAAAGCUAGCUAUCAGAGAUCAUGGAAAAAAUGGGGGAAAUGAGUCAAAUUUAGGUACUACCUAUCAUAUUUGAUUUAUAUACUAUUAUGUAUUGUUCUGUAUUAUUAUGUACAGUAAUUUUAUUGUAUCUAAUAAUACAUAAAAAAUCAUAAUAGUAUAUGCAUGACUCUGCAUGAGCCAUACGCGCGCUAUAGUUUAGAGAAAAGAGAAGGCUUAAUUAAGGAUUUAAAAGGGGUUUUUUUUCAUAGAUGCAUUGGAUAAGUCAUGGAAGAGGAAACAUGGGUUCAAAACUAUCAG